GGGGGUUGUUGAAUAAAAAAAUCUCUUCCGCGGUUAACAUCGCGCAACGCGUUAUGCUCUGAAAAAUGAAACGAACAAUUGUAAGACCGCGAGGACGACGAAUGAAAAUUAGAAUAUUAUUCCGCCGUGCAGUUGUAUAGAGGCGACUCGGUCGACGAAACGUUGAACAAUUGUUCGCUGUUAUAUUUCGUAUCCCGAAUCGUUCGGCGACGAACCGGUGCAGCGAUAAUACAACCCCGAGUUCUCUCUUAUCGCUUAUCGACAUCAAUUAUUUCUUGAUAACGGAACACACACGCGGGGACGUUGUUCGUUGCUUAGAUAUAUCAUUAUAUUGUAGGGAAUAAUAAAGGCGCUCGCUCAUGUACCCGGUGUACCGGUUGAAUCGGUAGCUCGCGAUGCUCGUGAAAUCCUGAGUACAUGGAUCCGGAUCCACGAUGCAAACGAUCGUCGAUUUAUAGCGAGUCGUUCGUAUAUCAUUAUAUGUAUAUGAAAACUAGGCGAUGGCUCUGGGUUGCCCGUGGUACAGGGAUAUUAAAUUUCGAACACCGCUUACCGCGGUCAACCGAGACGCGUUAUAUCGUCCGUUUCAUACCCCGAUCUCCACGUUCCCCCCCUUCCUCGAUUAUAAAUCCCCCUCCUCCAGGUUCCUAGGUGGGUGGGAUACGCGGUUUCGUUGGGUAGGUAUACGUAAAAUAACCUGCAGCAGUUAGUACGAACUAACUUACCUUCCCUGCAACGGUAUACAGUCCAAAACCACUGAAUAAAUCUCACCUCGUAUUACGCGCUGCACACCUACAAUAUCAUUCACCGUUUACCUUGUUCGUUGAUAUGUAUAUAUGAGUGUACGCUGCUGAGACUCCAUUUUGUUUUUCCAUUUGGCUUAUGACUGAAUUAAUGCUGGCGAAAUUUGUUCGGUGCAUCGGUUGUACAUAUAUAUCUAUAUAUAAUAUACGUUGCAUGUGCGUUGAAAUGUGAUUCGUUCAUCGUCGUUAUUUUAUAACAACGUUAUCGAAUAAUAUGUGGAUCGUAUACCUCUCGGUGUUGGAAAAAUAAGAAAAAUCAUUAUCGUCCUCAUAGUCGUCGUCGUCGUCGUCGUCUUCGUCUUCGUCGUAUCGUAAUCGUCGUUGUUGGUGCCGUCGAUAAUAAUUUCAAUGCCGCUGCCCCAGUUAUAUAUCGUCGAGCUAUUUGAAAAACGCUCUUAUGGUAAAUGGAUAUACACGUACAUAUUUCGAAAAAGUGAUUUUCGUCGUCGCUGAUGCUUACGGGAAACAGGAACAAGAAAUUUCAUUAUUUAUCACAACGAGAUACACAGGGGAUAUUGGCGAAGCGUCGAAUUAACGUGGAGAGUUCAAAGAUCCCUCGUUGUUGAUGGUUUUCAAUCACCAGCCAUCGUGAGACACUUUCCGAAUGACCAGUUUGCGCCAAUAUCUCUUGUGUACGGGGUGGCCAAUUUUUGAGCACCGUGCUAAACGUUGUACCGUUUUUGGGAAAAAUUUUCAGGGAUACAGGUUGUCUGGUAUACUUCAGGGAACAUCGGGAAAUUAUUGUUUUUUCUAUUCAAUUUAUAAAAGAAAAUUUAUUCGCGCCACGGUCAGCCAAAGUCCGGUGAUUCAUUUUUAUCGUUGACAGAACCCACGCGCUGUACGCUUUCGUGCGUCAAUUAAACUCGAUUUUCGCGAGUUAAAAAUUGUCAAAAAAAAAAAAAAAAAAAAAAAAAAAAAGGGGGGGGGGGCCACAGCAGGAACACGUUUCACGUAGUGAUUCCUGUCUUAUCUGAUCAGAUGUACGUAACUGCGGAUUCUGAUAAUCCGAUACGUUCAAUUAGCUUUAUAAUAUCUGAAACAUGGCCGAAGAUAAAUGACCGCUCGAAGGUCUCUAUAUUUGUAUCGAUGUCAGCUACGAUUCUGGUCUUGCUUUCUAUUCGCGAACGAUUAGAGUUUCUUGAGUAUUCACUUUUAACGAGGAUUUAGAUUCGGCCUCGUUUGUACCAACGGAUACAGCGAACAUUUUUCCCCCGAAAUUAUUUUCCAAAUCAAUCUCAGCUUCGCGAAUUAUUUAACCCGGUACGCAAGAAAUGGGCCACUCUCUGUAAAGUAUACCUCCAUGUAUACAAAAUAUAUGUGUGUGUCUUUUGAAACACAGAGACGUGAUACCGUUUAAAGAGACGAAGAUAGUCUUCUUCUACUUCUGCUCCAUUCGCAAUCGUCGAUAAAAAGGAUAAUCGAUUUAACAAAUUGUCAGCGGAUGGUAAGUGAAGUGGAAAAAAGGACGAAAACAAUAGCGAGACAAAGCCUAGGUAAAAAUUAUACAAAAGACCAAGUGUUUCAAUUUUCGUAUUAAAACCAGAUCGCGAUAUAAAUGAAAAAAACUAUAUGUGCGUGAACGAGAGAAAGAAAAGGAGCACAAGUAGUAGUCGUAAUGGGUGACCAAAUGGAGGCGGAAAGAGGAACGGCUGGGGAUCAUCAGCAGCUCGCGAGGAAUCAAAUUGGACGUAAAUCGAUAAGACCGUCGAGUUUUCGAAGGACUUUUAAUUCCGAGGGGACUUCGCAGCGUCGUCCCGCGGUCCUUCAGGGUCUCGUCGACGCGGCUGGAGGAGGAAGUCCCGCGACGUCGUCGAAGUCGUCGGGAGGCGGACCACCUUCGGGAUCCUCGUCCGGAGCCUCUUCGGGGACAACGUCGGUCCCUUCGACCCCCGAUGACCUCAAGCAGUGGGAACUCGUCGAGGGUGACGCGGGUCUGAAAGUCGUUGAAAAAAAGACGUGCGCCGCCGUCGCGACGACGAACGGCAACGGCUCGACCGAUGUCAGAAAUCAGAUGACCGGUAGAACGCGAACGAGCGUUGGAAAAACGCCGAUAUUCUUGAACGAGUUUACACAAAAUUCCAUAGUUCAUCAAAACAUAAGAGAUUUUGAAAAUGCGCUGGCCAAUAAAUUCCGGACGUACGACACCAGAUCGGGCAUUAAAAAUAACAACAACAACAACAACAACAACUGCAACGAGGGUGGUAAUGCGGAGAGGAAAAAAUUACAACCACCUGUCGUGAAACUCGAUUCAAUUUUGAAUCAGAAUAACAAUAACGAUCGUCGCUACAAGGAUGAUAAAGAGACAGCGGCAAUGCAGGGCAGCAUAGAUAUGCUCGAUCAACUUGAAAAGCAAGUAAAAGCAAUCGAAAGAGGAACACUGGCUGCCAGGCUGCAACAGAUUGAUCGCGAAGCCUCCGCGACGAAUUCCGGUGCCGAGGGAAUCUGUGAACAAAUCGAACCGGAAGUCGAACUACGGUACAGAGAACACGAGAAUUUACUGGGGCACAGUACCGACGACGAGGCUGAGGGGUCGCGACUCCAACGUGGCGAGGCUACGCGAAAUUCGACCGGAAACGCUGGUAUAACUUCGAAAAGAGUCGGCGGUACUUCGGUGAAAUUAUCUAGGACAGCGUCCGACACACGAAGAAAUCACGCCGGCGAUGGCGGUGACAUGCCCUUAAAAAUUCAGUCGAGGGCUGCCGCCAGAAAUAUUGUCAGACCGACCGUUGUGACUAAAAGACAACAACUGCGACCGCACGAGACGGUCGCAGCUUCCUCUUCAUCCUCCGAAGCUACGACGAUGAAACCUUUGUCCGGAAUCAUUCAGAAGGCCAUUCUUAACAUGGGGAUCAAAGAGACGGGGGACGGAGUGGGGGUGUCGAGCAGCGGUGGACAUCAUACGAGAUUGUCAUCCAGAAGUCGAGCAUCGGAGGAACCCCACAUCGGGAAGUAUAAACUUCUGAAAACGAUCGGUAAGGGUAACUUCGCCAAGGUUAAACUAGCCAAACAUGUACCAACUGGGAAAGAAGUCGCCAUCAAAAUAAUAGACAAGACGCAAUUGAACCCCGGCAGCCUUCAGAAGUUGUUCCGAGAAGUGAGGAUAAUGAAGAUGUUGGAUCAUCCGAACAUAGUGAAGCUGUUCCAAGUUAUAGAAACCGAAAAGACUCUCUAUCUUGUAAUGGAGUAUGCCAGUGGAGGAGAAGUAUUCGAUUACCUCGUCCUUCACGGUAGAAUGAAGGAGAAAGAGGCGAGGGCAAAGUUCCGACAGAUCGUAUCGGCGGUUCAGUAUUGUCAUCAGAAAAAAAUAAUACACCGAGAUUUGAAGGCGGAGAAUUUGCUUCUAGACAGCGAGAUGAAUAUUAAAAUAGCAGAUUUUGGAUUUAGUAAUGAAUUUACACCCGGCAAUAAACUAGACACUUUUUGUGGAUCACCUCCUUACGCAGCCCCCGAACUCUUUCAAGGGAAAAAGUACGACGGACCUGAAGUGGACGUGUGGUCACUCGGUGUAAUUUUGUACACCUUGGUUUCCGGGUCUUUGCCGUUCGACGGUUCGACGUUGAGGGAACUCAGGGAACGAGUGUUGAGAGGGAAGUACAGAAUCCCCUUCUACAUGUCGACGGAUUGCGAAAAUCUAUUAAAAAAAUUUCUGGUGCUCAACCCCACCAAACGAGCCUCGUUAGAGGUACGUGGCGAUAAGAACAUUAUGAAAGACAAAUGGAUGAACAUGGGGUACGAAGAGGACGAAUUAAAGCCGUACUUAGAACCUGAACCCGAUUACAAGGACCACAAGAGGAUAGGUGAGUCUGCCAAGGCGCUAGCUAGUAUGGGAUAUACGCGAAGUGAAAUAGAAGAUUCCCUAGGACAAGCUAAGUACGAUGACGUAUUCGCUACGUAUCUUCUUCUCGGAAGAAAAACUACAGAUCCUGAAAGUGACGGUUCCCGAUCAGGUAGUUCACUUUCUUUGCGAAACAUUCCACCCCAAGUUGGAUCUGGCGGUGGUGGAGGUGGUGGAACUGGAACCGGGGGAGCCGUCCAAAGCCCCUCACAUAGAGGUGUUCACCGCAGUAUUUCAGCUAGCAACCCAAAACCCAGUAGACGAGCAUCUUCUGGAGGUGAAACGCUCCGAUGUGCUCCUAGUCCGGGGAAUACGACGAAUCACAAUCAUGCAACGACUGGUACCGGUGCUGGGGCACUAGCUGGAAGUGGAGGGAGUAACUUUAAACGUCAAAAUACCGUUGAUUCGGCAACGAUAAAAGAAAACAGUGCACGGGCGUCGACGGGAAGACCGUCCGCCCCAAAAAAUAGUCCAGGACAAUUAGACACGAUGACAAUGUUCAUUAUAGGUGUGGGGACGAGUCCCGGUGGUAAGUCGAGGGUUGGAAAGAGCAACACGAUGAACUCUGGCGUGGGAAGUGGAAGACCUGUCACGUCGCCUGCUCCAGGUUCAGUCGGUAGACGGAGCACCAUCUCCUACGAUCAAGCAAAAACCUCGUCGUCGUCGACGGAAAGAACGAACGACGUACAAAGCCUCGGCGAGGGCACUAGGCCGGCAAGGGGUCACACCAAAUCUGCAAGCAUCAGUGCAGGCCACCGGUCUUCGGGUACUGCACAGCCCGGCGACAACUCGCUGCUGGAUUCGCAGCCUCGCAACGCCCACAACUCGUUACUCGCUACUGCUGACCCUCUUAGGCAGAGCCUGGGCGUAUCUCCAAGUACCAGACUCGCACCUGCUGCUCCGUUCCCAAGGAAUGUCCCCAGUCGCAGCACCUUCCACUCUGGGCAAAACAGGGCUCAGAGGAAUCACACUCAGGGGCAUACGCUUACUCAGGACACGAAUGCGAUCAGUCCGUUGGCUAGGCCGUCCUUCUUCUCGAAAUUGUCCUCUAGGUUCUCGAAACGUUUCUUCUGAAAAACAGCUACGUUCUAUUUAGAAGAGAUAGUAAAGAAAGAGAAACAGAAAAAGAAUUAAAAGAGGGAGGUAGAAGGAGAGACAGACAAAGGCCCAGAGAAGGGGAUGAAAAUAAUGGGAUGUGGCAAUUCCGCUCACUCCUGAUGCUCAAGGAAUGAAUUAAACGACUAUACGCAUCAAACGUUCUACCGCGUAGAAUAAAGUAGUAAAAAUUUUUAACGCGUUAUUCUGUGGUGCGCGGAUCUGGUAGAUUGAAUGAUCCAUCCAUCUACGCCGGAAGGAUAUACAACGUAUGAUUAGAUACUCUUAUUUAAUGAAAUCAAUUUUUAUUACGUUACAAGCUGACGAGUGAAUGUUUAUAUAGAUUACGAUGUAUAAUUAAUAAUGUAUAUCAAUCGUAUAUCUGCAUUUAUUUCUAACAUUAUUGUAUCGUUAUAAUUAGAAGAUUGUGAUUCGUGUUUCUGCACACAGUUAAUGUCUGUAGGAAUUCAGUCAGUCGGUCGUCCCUCAACCUUUUUUAAACUUAACACUCAAACCUGUGCCUUUACCAUUUUGCCUGCCAACCCUCGGUGUGCUAUUUUGUACGCUAUUCUUUUCAUGCAUUUAUUAUCGCCCCCAAAAAAUCUAUGCAUUUUCAAAUUUCAGUUAGUCAGUUUUGCUUUCUCCAUUUUAUUUUUUUUUUAUAUAGUUUACACAGCAAUAAUCGUCUUCUCGAUAUUAAUGCCAGUGGGUGAUUCCAGAAAUAUACACAAUAAUUAAACAAAUUAAAAUAUAAAUCAAUGCACAUGUAUAGUAAAACAGAGCGAAUGGGGACAUUGAAAGAGUGAUAACUGCUACAUUCGAAAAGCGAUAGCAAAUAUCCGUACGUUGGCAGGUUUUUGUAACUAAGUAAGAGAUCUUGGAAAAAUUAAAUUUCGCCUCGUUUCUCACGAUGAUGAAACGAGUGUGAGGUGCCGAGCUGAACAAUAUCCGCUAUCGAGACUCAGUGACGACCAUACAGCCUAGGCAACUAGAUGAACUAUUGUGGAAAAAAAACCACACAGCUACCUUGUAUAUACAGUUAAAAGUUUUCCAUCUUUUUUUCUCUAAUUUUUUUUUCUUCCCUAAUAUACUGCCUAUCGUAGUGAUACCUGUCUGAUUAUUAGUAUUUGUUGUUUUUAUUUCUGUUUAUUUUAAUAUUAUAAUUAUCAUUAUAUCAAUGAAUAAUAAUAUAAAGCUAAGACGAUCGUCGUCGUCGUUGUCGUCGAUUAAUCUGCAAUAUUGGAUAAGAUAUAGACAUUGUUCGGUUAUUAUACAAUUAUCGAAAACAAUACUCGUGUUUGAAUCUUUACUCGCCAAACAACUGGUUAGCGUGUGUAGUGUGGCGUAUUGAAGCUUUUCUUUUUGCUCUUCUACUUUUAUUUGCAAUGAAUCAUAUACUAUUUUCUAUCAUGAACAUCAAUGUUGCAAGUAUCACGGUGAACAUUUAAGUGCAUUAUCGAAAAAAAAAACAAAUUGUAACAUCUUCAACAAAAAAAGGAGCGCAAUUUAUUAGCUAGGAAAUUAAAUUACAUCGCAUAAGUAGAGAAAUCAAAUGUUUCAUAUUAUGAUCAUUAGAUAUUUGUUUUCAAAUUUUUUUUUCUCAUCCUAUUAUUUGUGUUCCCUCGCUCUGGAGAGACUGCUAACUUUUAAUAAUUGUUAUGCAAUUCUACACGCAUACAUUCACGAAUAUCAACAGUUUAAUAAAUAUACGAAAUAAUACAGUUAUUAUUAUUGUUGUUAAUUUUAUUAUUACUAUUACUAUUACUAUUACUAUUAUUACUAUUAUUAUUAUUAUCCUUAUUAUCAUUGUUUUAUACCUAUAACGAUGGCUAAGUAUAGAUAUUAAACCAAACGAGGAUUGGUUAGUUGUACAUACAUACAUAUUUCUAAUAUUUAUAUUAGGGUGUGUCUGAAGAAAGCUCUAUUUUACUUGUGCUAUCACAAGAUGAAACUUUAGUGCGUGACCUGACCAAAUGUCUACUAGUCGAAUUAGAAAUUCGGAGUUCUAAAUAUUGGGGGCUGCCAAUGAUAAAUAUUUUUAUUCUUUUAAGAUUUAGUUUCGAGAUGUGAUAAUGAUAUUCUUUUUCGACACCCUUGUUAUCGCGUUUCAAAAGUCAGUUUGAAAAAGUAAUUCACUGUUGGUAUAUCUGAAUACUCAGCUCACGAAGUUCCAUUCUAACGAAGAUUAUUUGUGGUUUGAAGUAGCACGCGCUAAAGUUUCACUCGGUGGUGUGGAAUAGAAAAAAGGUUUUUUUUUUAGACACGCGCUAAUUUAUAUUUAUUAUUAUUGUCUGACGGUAGAAAAAUUUGUUGUUCAGCUCUCGUCGGAGCAGUAUUUUCCAAGUGUAAUAAUAGCAAUAAUUUUUUUUUUUUUUACUAUUAUUUUUUCUUGUAGUUUCUUUCUCUCGUCUUCAUUUGUGGAGUCUUCAUAGAGCGUUGAGUCUGAGAGAAAAGAGGAUGAAAAAAAAGAAAUAUAAUAAUAGUAGCAUA